AGGAUGAACAAAAUUCAACUCCGUAUUCUUCCGUCGACUAUUUUUCUCUUCUUCCUUCAUUUUUGCGACAAACAAAUUCCAUACAACCCACCAAAAGAGACGCAUCAGAUCUCCAGUCAAAAUGAACCUUCUUACAGUCAGAGAGAGAGAGAAAAGAGUCUGAGAUUUGGCUGCUGACAAAUUCGAACCAUCCUCUAUACUCCCUCUCUCUCACUCCUCACGCUCAUCUCUCUCUCUCUGUCUCCUUCCAAAACCCUAUAAAACCAUGCAGAAAACCGCCCAAGCAUGGUUCGCCGGCGGCCCCAGUAGCAGCAGCAACGGCAGGAACGAUCUGCAGAAAACGUCGCCGUCUUUGCUCGCCGAUUGGAACGCUUACGCUGCGUCGAAAGAGUCACAAGAAUCAGAAUCAGCCCUAGGCUUCGAUCUCGAGGCCGCCGUCACUACCGCCAGCGAUAAGGUCUCCGGCACUUUCAACGUGGUUUCAAAAGGAGUGAGGGAUCUACCAGGGAGUUUACAGUCUGCCACCAGCAAUGUCCCAUCUGGAAAAUCUCUGGUGUACUUUGGUUUACUCCUUGCCACUGGAGUGUUCUUUAUCUUCAUAGCCUUCACCAUGUUCCUUCCUGUCAUGGUUCUAAUGCCUCAAAAAUUCGCACUCUGCUUUACUAUUGGUUGCGCCUUGAUUAUUGGCUCAUUCUUUGCCCUCAAAGGUCCUAAGAAUCAGCUUCAACACAUGUCAUCCACGGAGAGGCUUCCUUUUACAUUGGGAUUCAUUGGCACAAUGGUGGGUACAAUUUAUGUUUCCAUGGUGCUUCACAGCUAUAUCCUUUCCGUGCUCUUCUCUGUGCUACAGGUCCUUGCCCUGUCAUACUAUGCGAUUUCCUACUUCCCUGGAGGAUCUGUUGGAUUGAAGUUUCUUUCCUCAACCCUUGCAUCUUCGAUACUAAGAUGUUUUGGGAGGUGACGUAGACUUCUGGCUUGUCCUAUAUUUUGCCCUCCUUGUUUUUUGGUCACUUCCUUGAUCUAUGUGAAUGCCUUGUUUGAACUGGCUUGUUUUAAAAGUGAGUGUGGUUAAUGGCAUCUGGAAUUACUAUUUCUUGGCAGUUUUACAUUAUCAAUCCAUACAUGCUUUAGAUGUCUGAUUA